AUCCUGACCGCCAAAUUUUCCGCUACCCCAUUUCUGCGGUCCAACUCAAGAUUCCAAUAUGAAGUACUCCGCCCUUCUUAUCGCCAGCACGGCUUCCCUUGCUCUCGCAGCACCUGCUACGACCGUUCAGAAGCGGGCUGACUUCUGUGGAGAUUGGGACUCCUCGGUCAACGGCCCAUACACAACGUACAACAACCUCUGGGGCAAGGGCCAAGCCACCUCUGGCUCUCAAUGCACUGGUGUCGACGGCCUCUCUGGUAACUCCCUCAAGUGGCACACUAGCUGGUCCUGGACUGGCGGCCAAGGCCAAGUCAAGUCCUACGCGAACGUCGUGACCAAGCUCACACCCAAAACCCUUUCAUCCAUCAAAUCGCUCCCCGCAGUCUGGAAGUGGACAUACUCAGGCUCCAACAUCGUCGCUAACGUAGCUUUCGACCUGUUCACCUCAUCCUCGGCCAGCGGCUCCAACGAGUAUGAAAUUAUGAUCUGGCUCGCUGCCCUUGGCGGCGCAGGUCCCAUCUCCAAGACGGGCAGCCCCGUCGCCACUGUCACGCUUGCAGGUACCAGCUGGAAGCUGUACAACGGCAUGAACGGCAAUGUCAACGUAUGGAGCUUCGUCGCGAACUCUCAGCAAAACAACUUCUCUGGUGACCUCAUGGAAUUCAUGAAGUACUUGACGAGCAAGCAGGGUAUGCCCAGCACUCAGUUCCUGACUAGCACCGGUGCCGGUACCGAACCCUUCUCGGGCAGCAACGCCAAGUUGACGACUACGGCUUACAGCUUGACUAUGAGCUAGGUGGGUGUGGAUGUGUAGGGUGAAGAAGAAGCCUUCUUGUAUAUACCUUUUCAAAUCGGGUUUCCCAUGUGUAAUUACCUAGGGAAACUUUGAUCUUGACGGAGCGGAUCCGAAAUAUAUUCUAUUCGCGACA